AUCUGACAGAUUCCUGAGCCUGCUCGGAUUCCUAACGCCAGGAUCCUCGGAGGAUUUGUUAGCAGCCGUGCCGAUGGCCUUAUAACGCGUCUUUUCGUUGAGGAGUCGGCAGUAGCAGCUGCGUAGUACGCUCCGCCAGUGAUAACUGGUACUAGAUCGAGGAAGCGGAGACGCGACGCGCGUUGAGCUGCGUACUUCAGUCGUCACCGCAACCGACCAUGUCGCUCCACCGUAUCCUCCGCCGUUCCCCCCGCUCCCCGCAUCACUGCGCGUGGCUCGCGCGCCAACUCGCAUCCGCUCCCGCCUUCCCCGAUGUCGCACCGCCUUCAACCAUUUCCGCCGCUUCCUCCGAUUCCGCUGUUUCCGCCGAUUCCGCUCCCGCUUUUCCGCACAGACGAUGCUCACCGAUUCACGGGAUUCCACGACCCCACCAGCAGCGAGCCUGUGGCUUCCAGCCGGUAGCAACCCUGUCCUCAUCCGCGUUAGUGUCAUCCUCGAGUGGUGCCGCCACCACUGCAUUCACUAUUGCGGAUCCUGCUACGGUGCCAGCCACCACCAAUGAUGAUUCCACCACCCUCUCAGAGCACCUGUCCGAGGACGACCUGACCCCAGCCAAGGUGGUGGAGCUCCUAGACCGCCACAUCGUGGGGCAGAGCCAGGCCAAACGAGCCGUGGCCAUUGCUCUACGCAACAGGUGGCGCAGGAAGCGCAUCAGUGGGCCAAUGAGGGACGAGAUCGUGCCCAAGAACAUCCUCAUGAUUGGCCCCACCGGGUGCGGCAAGACGGAGAUCGCCAGGCGCCUGGCGAAACUCAUUGAUGCUCCCUUCGUCAAGGUGGAAGCCACCAAGUUCACAGAGGUGGGCUUCCACGGCCGGGACGUGGAUCAGAUCAUCCGAGACCUGCUGGAAAACGCCAUCCACCUGCAGAGGCAGAAGGCGCGUGCCAAGGCGGCCCAAGAGGUGGAGGAGGUGGUGGAGAACAAGAUCCUGGACCAUUUGCUGGGGACGCUGCAGCCAGGCACGGCGUCCCCCCCUCAGCGGGAGACCUUCCGCCUGCUCUACAGGGAGGGCGUGCUGGACGAGAGGCGCGUGCACAUGGAGGUGCCUGACGUCGCCGCCUCUGGCGGUCUCGGCGGCAUUUCCAUCGACAUGUCGGGCGCAGCGGGGCUCAACGUGCAGGAUUUCGUUCAGCGGAUGGAGCGAGUGGUGAAGGGCGCGCGCAGAGAGAAGAAGGACCUGACAGUGGCCGAGGCGAGAGCAGCGCUGACCGAAGCAGAGAUGGAGAAGCGGAUGUCGUCCGACACGCUGGUCAAAGACGCUAUUCAGUUAACGGAGUCGGAGGGCAUAGUGUUCAUAGACGAGAUCGACAAGAUCGUGCAUUCCAGUGACACGCGGCACGGCGCCGAUGCCAGCGCCGAGGGCGUGCAGCGUGACUUGCUGCCCAUCAUCGAGGGCAGUGUGGUGACCACCAAGCAUGGCAACGUCAACACGGACCACAUCCUCUUCAUCGCCAGCGGUGCCUUCACCGCCUGCCGCCCCUCUGACAUGCUGGCGGAGCUGCAGGGGCGCCUGCCCAUUCGGGUGGAGCUCAAGGGGUUGACCAGAGAGGACCUGUAUCGUAUUCUGACGGAGCCUGAGACAAACAUGAUUCGGCAGCAGCAGCUGCUCAUGGCCACAGAGGGCAUUGACCUCGUGUUCACAGACGAAGCUAUCCGGGAGGCUGCUGCCAUGGCUGCUGAGAUCAACCACACACUGGACAACAUCGGAGCCAGAAGAUUGCACACGGUGUUGGAGCGGGUGGUUGAGGACAUCAGCUUCCAUGCGCCUGAGAAGAGGGGGGAGAAGUGCGUCAUAGACCAGGAGGAUGUUCGGCGGCCACUGGGAGAUCUGCUGGAGAAGGUUGAUGUGUCCAAGUUCAUCCUGUAGUCUGGUAACCCAGGCUGGAUUUGUAACAGUAUAAUAUAAAUGCAUCACUGUGUUCGUAUGCCAACAUUCAAUUCCGCGACUUUGUUUGGUAAAAAAGCAACACUUUCUUCCAAGUGCACUCAUUUCUCAGUGUCUACCGGCCUCUCUCAUUCUCAGCCU